AAAUGGAGGCGGCGGCGGCGGCAGGGCUGGGCGGCAGCAGCAGCGGUAGUCGGAGCUGAGCGGAAAGGCGCCGCCGCCGCCGCCCGCAACCGGGGGAUGCGGCAGCCGGGGCCGGAAGCAACAACUUUAUAUGGCUCAUGUCUGACAACAUGCACCACCAGUGGCUGCUUCUAGCUGCAUGCUUUUGGGUGAUAUUCAUGUUCAUGGUUGCCAGCAAGUUUAUCACACUGACUUUUAAAGAUCCAGAUGGCUAUGGUGCCAAACAAGAGCCAUUAAUACUGACAGCUGUGACAAAAGUGGAGGAGGCACGUGUGCCAGAGGAAAAGCAUUGGACUAAAGAAUUCCAGCCAACUGGAAAAGCUUUUACUGGAAAUCUGCUACACCAUCCCCUGGUUCAUAUGGAAAGACUUGAGCUUCUCCGGAAUGUCUGCAGAGACACUGCAUUGAGAAAUCUCUCUCACACUGCAGUUUCCAAGUUCGUCUUGGACCGAAUAUUUGUGUGUGACAAGCACAAGAUCCUGUUUUGUCAGACACCGAAAGUGGGCAACACUCAGUGGAAAAAAGUCCUGAUCGUUUUAAAUGGAGCAUAUUCUUCCAUAGAUGAGAUCCCCGAAAGCAUUGUACAUGACCAUGAGAAGAAUGGCCUUCCACGCCUGUCCUCCUUCAGUGACUCUGAAAUUAAAAAGCGACUGAAUUUAUACUUCAAGUUUUUUAUCGUUAGAGAUCCAUUUGAAAGACUUAUUUCUGCAUUUAAAGACAAGUUUGUGCACAAUCCUCGCUUUGAGCCUUGGUACCGACACGAAAUUGCUCCCAGCAUCAUUCGUAAGUACAGGAGAAAUCGCAUGGAGACCAAAGGGCUGCAGUUUGAGGAUUUUGUGCGCUAUCUGGGUGACCCCAACCACCGAUGGCUGGAUGUCCAGUUUGGUGAUCACAUCAUUCACUGGGUAACCUAUGUGGAGCUCUGUGCCCCCUGCGAAAUCACGUACAGUGUGAUUGGACACCAUGAAACCCUGGAGGACGAUGCUCCCUACAUUUUGAAAGCAGCCGGCAUAGACCGUCUGGUAUCGUACCCCACGAUCCCACCUGGCAUCACAGUGUACAACAAAACAAAAGUAGAGAGGUAUUUUUCAGGAAUCAGCAAGAGAGACAUAAGGCGCCUGUAUGCUCGGUUUGAAGGCGAUUUUAAACUCUUUGGGUAUCGGGAGCCAGAUUUCUUGCUUAACUGACACUUGGGAUAAGCUCUGGGGAAGUGUCUUAAUGGAAACCUACGUGAAUACCAGCUGCAACGCUGACAGAGAUGAGAAUGACCUUUUGUUUUCUAGCUUUUUGAUGUUACUCCGUUCUUCCGUGAAAUAUGUGUCACAUGAAGAGUUAGGGGCUUAUAGUUGUUGCUUACUGACCGUAUUUUCAAUAUGUGACAUUGCAAUCCGUUAGGAAUGGAGUCAGUUAUCUAAAACACGGGGAUUCCAUUUCUCCCUUUUCCCUCCAGGGAGAAAAAACAAUGGAAAAACAAAUGGGCGAUAGUCUUCCUCCUUCUUCUCCCAGGCACAAAGCAAGUUGAAGACGCUGUGAAGUAUUUAGAAAGAUGGCAGUUUCACUGCAGGUUAACGCUGAUGUGUGCGUGAGCUCGAUGAUUCAUGCUCAUGAGAAGGGCACGCAGUCUCCCAUGAGCUUUGAUAAUUAGAGGCCAGUACAGGACUAAAGAUUGAUCGAAUGCUUUACAAGUAAAAUCAUCUAGUUUCUGUCAUGUGGCUGCUAUAAUAAUAGUAAUGCUGAUCUAAUCCCAUUUUUGUUUGUCACAGAAUGAACUCGAUUAGACAGGAGCUUUAGAACUGUUCAGAAAGGGGCUGGUUCUAGAGCCCAGUUAUCUUUGUACUUUUGUCAAGUGUUUAUUGUACUUACUACUGGUCUAUUGAGCCUCAUCAUUCUACCCUUGAUUUUCAAGGUAUUAUUUAACUCCUGGCUGUGUAAGUUAUCUGAGAAUACCAGAAUCAAAUGGAGCAUACAAGAAACGUGAAACUGUCAGGGGAAGUGUAAGGAAAAAUGACUUAAAGAAUUAAUUUUAUUUGUGGGAACGUAUACAGAAAUCAAAGAUGCCACAUGUUUUGUUUUGUCUUCUAACAGUCGAGAUUAAUAAAGAAGCCACAAAAGCAGGCUGACCUAUGGAAGAGCUGCUAGAGUUAAUGGUCUUCCUUUUUCUGCCUUGCUCACUGUUCAGUACCUUGCAGAACAGAACGUUCCUUUCCCUCUGAAAAUCCAUCCCCCUGCUGCUGAAAUAGGCAGUAUUUGGAUCUUUCUGUUUUCCAGUGAUUCGCUGCUAUGGUGCCCUUAGUUUUAAAAGCCCAACAUUUGUGUUACCAACAGGUGAGGUGGCAGCUUGCCGAGAGAUUGAAUUUCACAUUUCUGUACUUGUUUUGUGUGUCAAAAAACAGAAAACCAGAACUGAAUGAAUGCAGCCAUAACAAUUGCCCGUGCUUUCAUUCUGUCUGAUAAGGAGAUGUCUCAUGUUUGAGCUCACCAGCAAUAAGCAUCUGUGUGCUGCUGCCUCACCCUGCACUUUGUUGCUCUGUCCAAAUCGAGUGUGCAACUGGUGCCCUAAAACCCUGAUCCUAAAGGUUUACUAUUCAGAUCAGUGUAACGUUACUGGCUGGAUAUGCUGCUGGCUGUCAAGUGUGUAUAGAAUCAACUUUUCCAUGCAGCCCAGCAUGUUUUCCAUAGCUCCUCUAUCAGCGCAAGGAAGCAUCUCGCACUUGUGAUAAAGGAAAGCUGUGCCAAGCUGACGUGGGGGCUGCCAUCUGCAGAAAGGAAGCCCUGUUGUGGCUGGAUGUGGUUUCAGAAAGAUCCCAACAGUCUCAAUGAAAUGAGGGAGGACCAUUUGCCGACCAUCAUGAGAAUAGUCCCAGGUAGCAAAUCUCCAAAGGUGUUAUUAUAUCAUCAUGGUUAAUUGAGAUAAAGCAAUGGUUCCAGUGCCCUAACUCGAUAGUUCUUAACAAACGAUAAAAAGAUGUUAAUAGCUCCAGGUUUCUCUGUUUUUCUUACUAUGGGAGCUUAGCAAAAUGUAUUGUUAAACACAUUUUGGAGCUAAUGAGCUGAUGGAUUACCUCUCUGCCGAUCUAAAAUGUAACGGCAUGAAUAAUGUAUAGAGAAUUCAGGCCUUAAAGAGUUUAAUUCUAAUAAAGACAAAAGUAGAAUUGUU